CGGAGCCAAGGCCUGCUGGAUCCCGUGUCUGAGGACUCGCCAAUUGCCAAGGGAAGGAGCGGUGAGCUGUUUUAAGACCAAUUCUCCCGGUUGAGCGCCCCUGCAGAUGGAAUUGUUGGGGACCGCUUGGUCAGCUGAGAGGGCGUGGGUUACAACCUUGCCUCCUGGGCCGCCGCCAAUCCGUGUUGCCCUGAUGCCCAUGACGUUGGCCCCUUUCGGCUUCCGAGUUCCGCAGAAGUGAAUUGGACAGACAAAACAACGGCUGGCCCAGCGCCCGGCCUCGGACACGCAACCCCCAACUUGUCCCCUUUUCCAUUUUCUUCCUUGUUCAUGGAAACAAAAACAUAAAAAAAAGGGAAAAGCAGACGAAUCGGGCCACGACCACACUGGCACAAACACACUCGCUCCCUUCUCGAACCCCCCACCCACCACACACACCACCUCGACCUCUUCCUUCCUCCUCACUCACACCGUCAAGAUGAGAAAAGAAUCCACGAUCCUGCGGCCCUCCAACAAUGGGAACCGCUACGAGCUCACCAGCCCCACGGCGCUCCCCAAGGCCGGUGGCUUCCUGUGGAACCAGAAGAUGAUGAUCCAGAUCACCUGCCGCGGGUAUGCCACCGCCCAAUUCAUGCAACCGGAACCCGCAAAGUACGCGUACGCCCCGAACAUCGAAGCCAAGACGUUCAUGCAACCCGAGCCGAAUUACUAUGCCCACCACCCAGGCCGCUUUGUGUACAUCAAGGACCUCGAGACCGGCCAGCUCUUCUCGGCACCGCACGAGCCCGUCCGCGCGACAGCGGACCGUUUCGUCUUCUCCGUCGGCAAGAGCGAUGUCGCGUGGGCGGUCGAGCACAUGGGCAUCCGUGUUGAGAUGGUUAUGGGCCUGCCGACCCACGAUGUGGCCGAGUUGUGGACCAUCAAGGUGACCAACAUUUCCGGCCGCCCUCGCAGGAUUAGCGUAACACCGUACUUCCCCAUUGGCUACAUGUCGUGGAUGAACCAAUCAGCCGAGUGGAACGACGACUUGGUCGGCGUGAUCGCGAGCUGUGUUACCCCGUACCAGAAGGCGACCGAGUACUUCAAGAACAAGCACAUCAAGGACAAGACCUACUUUUUGUGCGAGAUUCCCCCGGAUUCGUAUGACGCAAGCCAACAGGCGUUUGAGGGUGAGGGCGGGCUCCACAACCCCUCCGGCCUGCAGGAGCCGAAACUGAGCGGCAGCGAUGCGCGCUACGAAACCCCGACAGCCGCCGUGCAGUACCGCCUCGCGCUUAAGGCCAACGAGGAGCGCGAGUACCGCUUCAUGUUUGGGCCCGCCUACGAUGAGGCCGAGGUCCGCACCAUGCGGUCGCGCUACCUGAGCAAGCAGGCAUUUGUCCGGACCGCAGACGAGUAUGCCGCCUACAUGGCCCGCGGCCGCGGCUGCCUGCGCAUCGAGACCCCCGACAAGGAACUCGACAACUUCGUCAACAACUGGCUGCCCCGCCAGGUCUACUACCACGGCGACGUCAACCGUUUGACCACGGACCCGCAGACGCGCAACUAUCUGCAGGACAACAUGGGCAUGAACUACAUCAAGCCCGAUGUGGCCCGGAAGGCCUUCAUCACAGCUCUCUCCCAGCAGGAGGCCAAUGGCGCGAUGCCCGACGGCAUCCUCCUCGCCAAGGGCGCCGAGCUGAAGUACAUCAACCAGAUUCCUCACACCGACCACUGCGUUUGGCUUCCCCUCACACUCGAGGUCUACCUUUCCGAGACGGGCGAUUAUGGACUGCUAAAGGAGCGCGUCCAUACUGAGAACGGCGACAACUUCACAGUCUUCGAGCGUUUCAGCCGCGCGAUGGACUUCCUCCUCGAGCUUCGCGAUGAGCGCGGGCUGAGCUACAUCGCUCAGGGCGAUUGGUGUGAUCCGAUGAACAUGGUCGGCUACAAGGGCAAGGGCGUGUCGGGCUGGCUCACAGUGGCUACCGCCUACGCCCUGAACCUCUGGGCGCGCGUGUGCGACCAUGAACGGGCGACUGACUUGGCCAAGCACUUCCGUGCUGGCGCCGACGACUGCAACGCCGCUGCCAACAAGCACCUCUGGGACGGCGACUGGUUCGCGCGUGGCAUCACUGACGAUAACGUAACGUUCGGCAUCAAGAAGGACACCGAAGGCCGCAUGUGGCUCAACCCCCAGUCAUUCGCCAUUCUUGGAGGCGCCGCCAGCGAGGAGCAAAUCUCCCGGAUUCUCCCAGAAAUCGAUUCACAACUCAACACCCCUUACGGGCCGGUCAUGUUCGCCCCGCCAUUCACCAAGAUGCGUGAGGACGUGGGCCGCGUGACACAAAAGGCCAUCGGAUCGGGCGAGAACGGCGCGGUAUACAACCAUGCCGGCGUAUUCUACAUCCACAGCUUGUACCAACUGGGCGGCCAGCAGGAUCGCGCAUACAACCACCUCCGCCAGCUUUUGCCCGGCCCCAGCGAGUCUGAUUACCGCCAGCGUGGCCAGCUGCCUAUCUUCCUCCCCAACUACUACCGUGGUGGCUGGAAGGAGUUCCCCCGGACCGCAGGUCGCUCAAGUCAGCUGUUUAACACGGGCACCAUUUCGUGGGUGUACCGGUGUGUGAUUGAAGGGCUCUGCGGGCUGUUUGGUGACGCGCAGGGCUUGGUUGUUCGGCCGCAACUGCCGAGCGGUUGGAACGCGAUCAAGGUGGUGCGCGAAUUCCGCGGUGCCACGUUCCAGCUAGACAUCCGCCGGGCGGCUGUCCAGGACGUGGUCGUCAAGAUCGGCGACAAGGUGCAGCCCGAGCAGAGGAUCACAAAUAUCAAGGCUGGCGCGGCCUACCAGGUGGUUGUCCUGGUGCCCCAGUAGAGACGGCCCGCGACCGGGUCAGGACUGGAGAAAGCUGCAUCUGCAUGUGUGUGUGGGCAACGGCAACGGCAACGGCAUGGACGGGACAGCAUCAAGGGAUACGGCAGGGCUCUGGUUCGCUCACCCUUCGUUUGUGAGAACCGGGAAAGGAAACAAAAUGGGACGGCUAUCUGAAUUUGAAAUCGCAACUCCCGGUUCUUUGUGUUUAGACAACCAGACGGAACACCUUCGCUAGGUGGGAUCAGGCAGCAUGUCCAGUCAGGGGGAAGGGGGCGAUUGCAGCCUGUUGGGUCGCAUCCCCUGGCACAUCUCAGCGCGGGUGGGCAUCCGCUUUGCGAACCGGCGGUCUUCUGUUCGUUCUAUCAUUGACCUUGGGCGGCUUUUGUCGAAUUCACAUUUACCCUGACCCAGCAUUAGGAAGCUGGGCAGUUUGCGAUAAUACCACUAUCUUUGUCGG